AUGGGUCGCCGCGGUAAAGGUCCAAAAACCAAUAAUUCACAUAAAUUGUUACCUGAAAAAGAGAGAUUUAUUCAAUGCUGUUCCGAUAUCACAUUAGAAUUAACCAGCUCAUUAACCAAAGAGCAACAACAGGAAAAAGAUAUUAAUUUAAACGGUUUAAUCCAAAGAUAUUCUAAAAAAUAUAAACUAAAACAGCAACCAAGAUUAACAGAUAUUAUAAAUUCUAUUCCAGACCAAUAUAAAAAAUAUUUAUUACCCAAAUUAAAAGCCAAACCAGUUCGUACUGCAAGUGGUAUUGCCGUGGUUGCAGUCAUGUGCAAACCACACAGAUGUCCACAUAUUGCUUACACGGGGAACAUUUGUGUUUAUUGCCCUGGUGGACCAGAUUCUGAUUUUGAAUAUUCAACUCAAAGUUAUACGGGUUAUGAGCCAACUUCAAUGCGUGCCAUUAGAGCUCGUUAUGAUCCAUAUGAACAGGCUCGUGGCAGAAUAGAACAAUUGAAACAAUUGGGUCACAAUAUUGAUAAAGUAGAAUAUAUCAUUAUGGGCGGUACUUUUAUGUCAUUACCAAAAUCUUAUCGUGAAGAUUUUGUUGUUAAUUUACAUAAUGCCUUGAGUGGUUUUAAUGGCACUAAUUUGGAGGAAGCUAUUCAGUAUUCCCAAGAAAGUGUCACCAAGUGUGUUGGUAUUACCAUAGAAACAAGACCAGACUAUUGUACACAAACACAUUUGAAUGAUUUAUUAGAGUAUGGAUGUACUAGAUUGGAAAUUGGGGUCCAGUCAUUAUAUGAAGAUGUUGCAAGAGAUACCAAUAGAGGACAUACAGUUAAAUCAGUGUGUGAAACUUUUGCUGUUGCUAAAGAUGCGGGCUAUAAAGUUGUCAGUCAUAUGAUGCCCGAUUUACCAAAUGUUGGAAUGGAAAGGGAUAUGGAACAAUUUAAAGAAUAUUUUGAGAAUCCAGAUUUCAGAACAGAUGGUUUAAAAAUUUAUCCUACUUUAGUUAUCAGAGGUACUGGUCUAUAUGAGUUAUGGAAAAACGGUAUGUACAAGAGUUAUAAUGCCAAUGCUUUGAUUGACUUAGUUGCUCGUAUUAUGGCUUUAGUUCCACCAUGGACAAGAAUUUAUCGUGUUCAAAGGGAUAUUCCAAUGCCCUUAGUUACAAGUGGUGUAGAUAACGGGAACUUAAGAGAAUUAGCUCUAGCUCGAAUGAAAGAUUUUGGAACUUCUUGUAGAGAUGUUAGGACUAGAGAAGUUGGCAUUCAAGAAGUUCAUCACAAAAUCGCACCUGAUCAAAUAGAAUUAGUUAGAAGAGAUUACUAUGCUAAUGGUGGAUGGGAAACUUUCUUGUCUUACGAGGACCCACAAAAGGACAUCCUAAUCGGACUAUUGAGAUUGAGAAAGGCAUCCAAAAAAUAUACAUAUAGAAAAGAGUUCACUCAAUGUAGGACUUCCAUAGUUAGAGAAUUACACGUGUAUGGUUCUGUUGUUCCAGUUCAUAACAGAGAUCCACGUAAAUUCCAGCAUCAAGGGUUCGGUACAUUAUUAAUGGAAGAAGCUGAAAGAAUUGCCCGUGAGGAACAUGGUAGUUCUAAAAUAUCUGUUAUUUCAGGUGUUGGAGUUAGGAACUAUUAUGCAAAACUAGGCUAUACCUUGGAUGGUCCAUACAUGUCUAAAAUAAUAUAA